AUGACCCCUUCCCUGCUUCCCCAUGUCCCUUUCCCUACUUCCCCAUGUCCCCUUCCCUGCUUCCCCGUGUCCCCUUCCCUACUUCCCCAUGUCCCCUUCCCUACUUCCCCAUGUCCCCUUCCCUACUUCCCCAUGUCCCUUUCCCUGCUUCCCCGUGUCCCUUUCCCUGCUUCCCCAUGUCCCCUUCCCUGCUUCCCCCCAUCCCCUUCCCUUCUUCCCCCCAUCCCCUUCCCUGCUUCCCCAUGUCCCUUUCCUCCUCGUGUCCCCUUCCUUGCUUCCCCAUGUCCCUUUCCUUGCUUCCACGUGUCCCCUUCCCUGCUUCCCCCCAUCACCUUCCCUGCUUCCCCAUGUCCCCUUCCCUGCUUCCGCAUGUCCCCGUCCCUGCUUCCCCCCACGCCCUCCCCUGCUUCCCCAUGUCCCUUUCCCUGCUUCCCCCCAUCCCCUUCCCAGCUUCCCCCUUCCCCCCAUCCCCUUCCCUUCUUCCCCCCAUCCCCUUCCCUGCUGCUCCAUGUCCCCUUCCCUGCUUCCCCGUGUCCCUUUCCCUGCUUCCCCCCAUCCCCUUCCCUUCAUUCCCGCAUCCCUUUACAUGCUUUCCCCCCUCCUCUUCCCUUCUUCCCCCCAUCCCCUUCCCUGCUUCCCCAUGUCCCUUUCCAUGCUUCCCCAUGUCCCUUUCCUUGCUUCCCCAUGUCCCUUUCCUUGCUUCCCCAUGUCCCUUUCCCUGCUUCCCCGUGUCCCUUUCCCUGCUUCCCCCCAUCCCCUUCCCUGCUUCCCCCCAUCCCUUUACAUGCUUCCCCAUGUCCCCUUCCCUGCUUCCGCAUGUCCCCGUCCCUGCUUCCCCGUGUCCCUUUCCCUGCUUUCCCCCAUCCCCUUCCCUUCAUUCCCGCAUCCCUUUACAUGCUUCCCCCCAUCCUCUUCCCUUCUUCCCCCCAUCCCCUUCCCUGCUUCCCCAUGUCCCUUUCCUUGCUUCCCCAUGUCCCUUUCCUUGCUUCCCCAUGUCCCUUUCCUUGCUUCCCCAUGUCCCCUUCCCUGCUUCCCCCCAUCCCCUUCCCUUCUUCCCCCCAUCCCCUUCCCUGCUUCUCCAUGUCCCCUUCCCUGCUUCCCCGUGUCCCUUUCCCUGCUUUCCCCCAUCCCCUUCCCUUCAUUCCCGCAUCCCUUUACAUGCUUCCCCCCAUCCUCUUCCCUUCUUCCCCCCAUCCCCUUCCCUGCUUCCCCAUGUCCCUUUCCUUGCUUCCCCAUGUCCCUUUCCUUGCUUCCCCAUGCCCCUUUCCCUGCUUCCCCCCAUCCCUGCUUCCCCCCAUCCCUUUACAUGCGAAACCAUGUCCCCUUCCCUGCUUCCCCAUGUCCCCUUCCCUGCUUCCGCAUGUCCCCGUCCCUGCUCCCCCCCACGCCCUCCCCUGGUUCCCCAUGUCCCUUUCCCAGCUUCCCCCCAUCCCCUUCCCUGCUUCCCCAUGCCCCUUUCCUUGCUUCCCCAUGUCCCUUUCCUUGCUGCCUUUGUAG